AUGGCUUAUCCCACGGUCGCAUCACACCAGCCACCAGAAUAUCUGGAUUCCACUGUACCCUUCCCUGACUUUCCGGGCCGCCAGAGUCUUUCCCCGGAGCUGGACCGUCAGAUCUCGGAGCUGAUCAGCGCGAUGGAAGCGGCGCGAGAGGCCAGCGAUCGCGUGCAGCAGCUCUUUUGCCGCUCGCUGUACCCCUGCAUCAAGCGCGAGCUCGGAUCUCUUCGUGAGGAGGGGCAUCCUGGAGGCGCGAAAGAUGGCGGCGAGAACUGCGGUGAAGGCGGCGGGAAACGCGCAGGUACUCAGGGUGAGGAGCUCGGAAGGGGAGAACGGUCCGAAGGCGACGGGGAGAACAAGUCAAAAAGCGUUUCCCUGAUACUGGUUGAUAAUUCUGCUGGGACGAGAAAGAGGGUGACGAGUGGAGGGAGGCCGAAAGUACGGCGGAUCCUUACAGUUGCCGAGGAUAAGGCGGUGGAGGAGGCGGAGGAGGAGGAGGAUGGGGGGGAGGAGGGGAGGGAGCAGGAAAAGAAGGAGGAAGAGGGAUGUGUCGACACGAGACAAGGGCUUGGCAGCAAAGAACCGACCAAGGUCGGAUUGCCAAAUGGUAGAGGCGUUUCGGCGUCUGUUUUGCCAUUUGGAGCGCCCUCUGGAAUUUCUGUGCCCGAGGCGGCUGAGGAGAAGAGUGGUGGCGAGAGGGCGGUGGGCAUGUUGGAAGGAGCGAGGAGGAGAGAUGAUCUGGCAAAGCAGGGCGACGGCGCUGCUGAUGUACCUGCUGCUGUGAGUGCGUUCCGAGAGGCAGAGAAGGGGAGCGCAAAGGAGGAGAAAUGUCUGCGAGGCUUGGACCAGCAGCAUGAUGACAUUGACGCGAGCGAUACUGACUCGGAAGAGGACCACCAUGUGCCCGAUUCUCAAAGGAAGGGGAGUGAUGGGGUGGUGGAGGGGGAUAGCUGCACACCCAGCAGUGCCACUGCGGCUGCAGCGGCAACAAUCGCUGCCUUGGAGCGGAAACACGGUGCAAAGGGAAAGUACAAGGUUGGUGAAGCUGCUGUGAAUAUCGAAGUGGCGGGGAAACGUUCAGGGGAGAUGGAGAGUACAGGGCAGUAUCGGAACGAGGUUCUUGGUAUAGACGAGGCUGUGACACGGGUGGACGCUUCUGUGGCUGUGAUUGGAGCUCUGCCUGUUGUUUCCAAGGGCGCAGAGGCGGCGCGUGUGGUAGUGGGUCACGCUGUGGGUGUGCAUGCAGAGUUGAAGGGCGAGGGCGGGAACGGAUUCGCAGGGAUGAACGGGGCCGGAGCAGAGGUGGGUGCAGGUGUAGCAGGAGAGGACGGGAUUGGUGGCAGUGCAUGUGCGCGGAGGAGCAGCAGCACCAGCAGCAGCGGCAGAAGCAGCAGCGGUGGAGACGGGGUUGGUAAUGGGAGGGUGUGGCGCGGACGAGGGGAUGGGGAGUCCUCCUCACAGAAGCAGCAGGGCGGAGCUCUGAAGCAGACGUGUCUUGCACGGCACUUCUCAGGAGGAAGCAGGCGGGCUGUCAGUGCUUCCAAACGUUCUUUCAUGCUCACUUCUGCUGCUGCUGCGGGCGGUGGUAAUGCUGGUGGUUCUGGUGAUGCUGUUGGGGUGGGAAGAGAUGACAAGUUGAGUAGUGAGUCCUCAGCAUACGCAGGAAUCAGCAGACGAGGGGCUAACUCUGGUGAGAAGUUUGCAUGGGCCACUCGCAGCAGCUCUGCUGCCCGAUCUACUUCUCGCUCCUUCACACAUGGUCUUGGUAGCCUGCCACAGGCGAAACAGCAACCUGGAAGGAAGAAUGAGGAGAAGCAGUUGGAACAGCCGGGGAACGAGAACAAGCAGUAUGUGCAGGAGCGGGAGCAGGAGCAGGAGCAGGAGCAGCAGCAGGAGAAGGAGCCAGAUCUGGAGGUAUUAGCGCAGAACAUGCUGUGGCAUGGGGAUGAUAUGGAUCGACAAAACUCGUUGCAGCAGCAGCAGGAGGAGGGACAGAAGGAGCAGCAGGAACAGGGGCUGGUGCAGCAGAGGCAAGGGCAUCAGGGGCAGGUGCUGUUGGACUUGGAUGGCAUGGACGAGGAAGGCGGAGCAAGGAGUGCACUUGGUGCUGUUGAUGCUGUUGGUGCUGCUGGUGUGCAGCAGAGCAGCGAGAAGAAAAGAGGGGCGGAUGAUGGAGCAAAGACAGCAGGAGUGCCUGAUGCUGAUAUUAUCGUGGUUGGUGCUACCUGGUCGUCCGCCCUUACCCCGGACCGCAGGGACAGCAGCAGAAGUGGGAGGGAAGCUGCAGGGAGGGGUGAAGACGUCGCGAUGGCGGUGUGCUAA